AUGGUAUCGUCUCCAAAGCUACUGCUUUCUUUGGUGUCGUGUCUCCUCUGCACGCAGCGCACACUCCUACAUCUGAUAGGGCUUUCCGCCUUUUGCGAAUCUUCACUUCGAGAGACUCUUGCGCUUCCGCCUUCCCCUCCUUCCUUCCCCGCUGUUUCCGCACGUCUCACCCCGCGUGUGGGUCCUCCCCUCCGCCUCUGCCCCGCCGCGUUCCCCCCCUCCAGGGCUUAUUACAAGUGCACGUGGGCGCGCUCGCGCUCGUGCUGUCGCGCGCGAAAGAUCGUCGACUUCCACCCGGCGCACCCGGACCGCACGAGCAUUGAGGCGCGCCACGAGCACAACCACCCGCUCUCCGCGGGGUCCUUCCCCCGCUCGCCUCGAGUCGCGCUUCCCCCCCUCCGCGGCGGAAAACCACCCACCGCCUCCGCCAGCUUCCGCGCGAAGGCGCACGGAUUCGCGGGGCUCCGCUGUAUCGAAGGCAGCGGCGGAAGGGAGCAAGCGGGCGGCGGACUGAAACCUCCGCGGACAGGGCAAAACGGGAAAACCGUCCGCGACUUCGCCACUAGCGCAGCAGCGGCGGCCAUCACUGCGGAAGCUACGCAGAGUCUCGACCGGGGAGCCGCGCCGCCCGCUGGCCCUUCAGCCCGCGGCGGGCCCUUCCGUAAUAACCCCCCAAGCGGCGAAUCCGAUGCGCGGCGCGUUGCCGCCAUCGCCGCGGUCGAGUCUGACGCGAAUAAUCCCGCCGCCGCAGAGGCUCGUGGGCAUCAGCGGGGAAGCAACACUAGUAGUAGUAACGCCGUCUCUGCGCGCAGCUCUCGCGGCUCCAAUGCACUGCCCGCGCAGAAUCAGGAUGGGUCCGCGCAGGCUGGGUCCGCGCAGGCUGGGUUCGCGCAGGAUCAGGACAGGUCCGCGCAGGCGGCUGGGUCGGCUGCAUCCGCAGGGACAGCGGCUGCUGCGAGUGCGCGCGGAAUGAGCGCCGCUCCGGAAGCUGCCCUGGCGCAGCAGGUGCAGCAGCAGGUGCAGCAGGUGCAGCAGCAGGUCCAGACCAGAGCACUGCGGCUGAGAAACGCGCGCAUCUUGGGAAGCGUGCGCGAUCUUUGGAGCGUGCGCAAGCAGGGGAACGCCGCGCACAACCUGCACAAUGCGUAUGCCGCGCGCAAGCAGGGCAACGCACCCGACCAGGGCAACAAGUGCAACAGGCUCGACCAGGAAGGCACGAGUGUGUGUCUUGUGCCUGCGGCAAAGCGGAUGCGCGGCGUUGCAGUGGGUCGAAUAAGCGGGCACCCAGGCCAUGGUGGGUUCAACCAUGCCUCUGCUGCCGCCCCUGGUGCCCCUGGUGGGGCUGGUGCGACUGGUGGGCCUGGGUGUGCUGCUGCUGCUGCUGCUGCUGCUGCUGCUGAUCCUACUGCUGUUGCUGCUGCUACGACGCCUGCUGGAACACCUACUGCUGCUCCACAUACUUGCAACACACUGUGUUCCCUCCCUCCUCUUGCACCUCCACCUCCCUCCACUGCACUCCCUCCUCCUGCCCUUCCCCUUCCUCCCACUUCGCCUGCCAUGAUACCUUCUUUCUCAUCCCCCCUCGUCCCCCGCCCAUCUGCUGCCGCUGCCGCUCCUGCUUCUCCCCUUCCAGAUUCUCCUGCCACUGCACCUCCUCUCCUGUGUCUAUCGCCAGCAUUGCACGUUACCGCUUGGCAGGAAUGCACCGCUCCCACUGUCCAACCCAAGCCCUGUCACUUGGACCUGUGCUUCUCCACUCCAUCUGCCACCCUCACCCCCCUCACGCGUUUUGAGUCAACUCAAAACCGGCAGCACAGUACUGCUGCUCUCACUGUCAAGCCCGAGCCAUAUCACUUGGACCUGUGCCUUUUCACUCCAUCUCCUUCCCUCACCACCCUCACCACCCUCACCCAGCAAUCGCUCUCGAGCUAUCCUCCUCAGCACCCUCCCCCUCUCGCAUCAACACCCUCGCUUGAUCCUGCUCCACCCUCCCCUCUCGCCUCCUCUUCAACAGCCCCUCUGGGCCCUACUGGUGCAGCUGUUGCUUCAGAUUCUGCCUCGGGUGUUGCUGCUCCGAUACCCACAACUCCCAGUUCUGCCCCGGCUUCCCCCGCAGCGGCGACAGCAACGGCAGCAGCGACAUCAGCGGCAGCCGUGCCAGCCGCGCCCCAGCGGCAGCAGCUACAGCCGCGGCAGCAGCGGCAGCAGCAGCAGCAGCAGCAGCAGCAGCAGCAGCAGCAGCAGCAGCAGCAGCAGCAGCAGCAGCAGCAGCAGCAGCAGCAGCAGCAGCAGCAGCGGCAUCCCCAGCAGCAACGACAGCAGCGGCAGCAGCAACACCAGCGGCAGCCGUGCCAGCCGCGUCCGUGA